AUGCGAAGAAAGUGGAUCACUCCGGCAGUCGUCACUCGUUUCAAGCCUUAUAGGAAGAUCUUCGUUGUCGUAGCAGCGAUCGCAGUGUUCUUCUCCGUGCUUAUAGUUCUUGAGAAUGUGCUUUUCCUUGCUGCUAACGACAAACAAAAUGGAUUGCUUUUGCUGCUGCCUUAUCUGUUGUCAUGGGCACUGGUCAUGAUCGCUUGCGUAUUCGGAAGAGUCGCUUUCUUGCUUCAUGCCUCCGGCCAAAAAAGCGGGGUGGUUCGUCCUCACUCACCAAGCGUUUGGUCUUCGGAGAGCCGACCUGUUUCACCUAUUUCUAUGGACACGCUGAGUGCUUCGUACAACUCCCAAGCCCAUCUGUUCCGCCACAUUUUGUCCGUUCCCCAGUCGCCCUUCUGCGUUACCGAGGAGAUUCUGAGUUCUAGGUACUCGGAUGAGCCCCCUUCCUAUGAAGAUGCUGUUAGAAGAACGGAUUUGCCUGCCGCUACAAUGUGCACUCAAUAA